GUCAAUACUUCUGUAAUGAACAUUCCCUAAAAUUAACGAAAUUCUCACUAGUAUAUUUACUCUCGAUUUCAUUGGAGAUUUUGGUAAACAAAAAAAGACAAUAUUAAGGAAGAUGAUGCAGCCGGGGGACGAGAUCUUCGCCUGCGGAUUCGAAAUCUUUGGGCGAGUGCAGGGCGUGUGCCUGCGGAAGCAGACCCGGGAUUUGGCCACACUGAACCAGGUGCGCGGAUGGGUCAUGAACACGGACGAGGGCACGGUCAAGGGGCAGCUGGAGGGCACCCUGCCCAAGGUCAACGAGCUGAAGUUCUGGCUCUUGAAUUUCGGCAGUCCGCGGGCGAUUAUCGAGCGUGCGGAGUUCACGCCCACCAAGGAGAUCACCUCGCACAACUUCACUCGCUUCUCGAUUCGCUACCACCACGUUCCCGCCCCAAAAAAAGGCAACUUAAAGGAGGAUAUAAGUUUAGAACCAAAAUUGUAACUGUGCUAUUUGUUUAUAACCGUUUGUUUAGGCCUUCAAAUUGAGCUGCCAAUAGAGCCGAGUUUGCUGUUGCGAACAUCAUUUAUAAACCUCAAAA